AUGCUAAAAAAUAAGUACGCACCAGUAACUAAAAAUAGUGAAUCUAUUGAAAAUUGGAUAACUCUCAUUUAUAGACUCUUGUUAGAAAGUUUUGGUGCCUCUGAUAAUACAAGCACUAGUAGCGAUGACGAAGCUAGCAUACCAUCAGCCGGAAAUAGAAAACAGUGGCAAUAUGCUCAUCAUAAUAUGUGUAGUCAAGAUCGAGGUCGAGCUGAUAAUGAUCCUAAUACAGUAAAAUCUUUUCCUUCUACAAGUUGUCAAGAGCUUUUGGAGAAAAUGCAUGCUACGAUUUACUUAUCUCUUGAUGAAUUGUGGUCUAUUCCUAAUAAAGUAGGAUUAAAGGCUUUAUUGUUAGAUCCACGAUUGAAACUACUUCCAUUUGCUAAUGCUAAUUAA